AUGACUCUUUUUGGGGUUUCUACAGUCGGGGACGUUGGCACCCUGCUGCUGCUGCUGCUGUUGUCCUCCUGGACUGGUUGUAGUCCUCUUCCAUCUCCUGAAGAGCAACGCUCCAUGGCGGUCGAUGUCGAGGAGUCCCUUCUUCUAAAGCCAGAUGAAAACGUGGCCAUGCAGAAGAUUCUUGGGCAAUUUCUCAACAUGAUAAACUUAACAGAGCAGGGACCCAAGCAGAGGACACGAGACACUCGCGUCGAGCCUCCAGAGUACAUGCUUGAGCUUUAUAAGCGCUUUGCCACUGACCGUUCUGCCAUGCCCUCAGCCAACAUUGUGCGCAGUUUCAAGAAUGAAGACCACUCCACACAUCGUGUGACACACAAGAGUUUGCGGACGCACCAUCUUCUGUUUAACAUCUCCGUCCCGCGACACGAGCGCGUCGUCACAGCAGAGUUGCGCCUUUACGCACUUCUCAAGCGAGACACGAGCCAUCAUAUCAGCACGGGGUGGAAGGUGACCGUGUUUGAAAUGCAGAGGGGUGCCCAAUGCUGGAAUGCCGAGGAUGUCAAUGACAGGGCAGGUGAGGGAGAUCCGUGUGGAAUGCAAGAGUUGGCAAAGAAGCACGUGAACCGUAAGGACAGUGGCUGGGAAGUCUUGGAUUUGACAAAUGCCAUUCAGAACUGGAAGAGGUCACAAAGUCUGACCCUGAGGCUGGAGGUUCAUAUUGAAAAUCUCAAUCGUGACAAUACGGCAAUACCGCCGAGAAAUCCGAACGGCCUGCCAUUCGUAGACCUGGACAUUGACAGGAAUCCCAAUGGAAAACACGAGCCGGCGCUGAUCGUCUUCUCAGACGAUCAAAGAGAAGAGCAUCGGGAUGGUCGUGGACGACGCGAGCGAGAGGAGAACGAGCUGCCGGGCAUCAGUGGACACUGGACGGACGAGGAUGAAGAGCGGGAUGAGGCCUUGUUCAUGCAGAUGCGCUCAAACGUGAUCUACGACGUCGGUCCACGUGUCCGUCGCAGCGCUAAAGUGGAAGACUGCAGAAGGACUGAGAUGUAUGUCAAUUUUAAGGACAUCGGCUGGGAUAACUGGAUCGUGGCCCCAGCCGGUUAUCAAGCGUACACCUGCCGAGGUGCAUGCAGUUAUCCACUCUAUGCGGAUGUGACACCUACCGAGCACGCGAAAAUCCAAGUGCUGCUUAAUCUGAAGAGUCCCAAAAAAGCCUCGAAACCCUGCUGUGUUCCUACUAAAUUAGACCCCAUCGCCCUUCUGUAUGAAAAUAAUCAGGGCGUUGUGGUUUUACAACAUAAAUAUGAGGGGAUGAUGGUCGCAGAAUGUGGAUGCAGAUAG